AUGUCGAAGAAUGACAUUGACAAGGAAGCGCUGACAGAUGUGGAAAAACAACCAGAAACAAAAGAAAAACAACGAAAUUGGGGUAAGAAACAACAUUAAAUAUUAACCAAGCUUCAGAAUAUUAUCUAAGAUAUGUGAGCUUAAUAGUACUGGUGGUACAGAACACUGGUCAAGUGUUGUUAACAAGGUAUGCCACCAGGAGAGAUCAGGAGCAGUUUAUAAAAACAGUGGCAGUGUUCUUCAAUGAAGUGGUUAAGUUGAUUGCGGGUUCUAUAUUGUUUUUGUUGUCUACGGGCGAUGUUAGGAAGUAAGUUUAUGGUUUUAUUGAUGUUACUGUAUACCUUUUUCUUACUUUUCUUUUCUUUAUACUUUAAAAAAAGUAUUUUCGUACAUUAAUAUAGCUUUUCGAAUUGUGCUUUAAGUUUUUGGCUUUCAAACUACGGUAGAAUUUGUAAAUCUUGCUUAUCAAUUGUAAAAUUUAUGCUUACUCUUUUCAAAGCACAGCGUUUAACAAUAAAAGAAUAGAUAUUAAAGAGAAUGACCAUUAUAGUAAACCUUUGAUAUAAUUUGUCCUUUUUCAGAGCAGGAUUAGAGCUAAAGCUACAUUUUGUUACCCAUUGGUUUGAGACGUUGAAAGUCGGUGUGCCAGCUUUUAUUUACACAAUACAGAACUUCUUACUGUAUUUAUCUAUCGAACAUUUGGAUGCUGGAACUUAUAUGGUAAAAUUUUAAUUUUUUUGGAAUUUCUAAGUUUUUUUUUAAUUUUAAAGAUUGAAUUGAUUUUUUUUUGAUUUUUAAAAAAAAUUUUGAAUUAUUAAAAAUUUCUGUUUGAAAUAAAUUUUUUUUCAAAUUUAGGUAACAUAUCAACUGAAAAUCCUAACAACAGCCUUAUUUACUGUGAUAAUGUUGAAAAGACGGCUGUCACUAGUUCAAUGGGCGGCAUUGGCUUUACUUACAGUUGGUGUUGCUAUUGUGCAAAUCGUAAGUUUUUUUGUGAAUCGGUACCAUUUUGUGUGAUUUGUUAGAGUACGAUAGAUAGGACAAUAGGGUUGAUUUCAAAUUUGUUUGAAAAUCGUUAUGCCAAAAUAUGAAAGUAAUUUUCUAGAGCGCAGGAAAAGCUCCAGCACCAGUUGUCGCAUUGAAUGGUACUCUAGUCUCUACCACAAUAAAACCAAUAUCUAAAGCUACAGAACAACAACCUCUAAUCGGAUUUAGUGCUGUUGUGACCGCUGCCAUUAUGUCAGGUUUUGCUGGAAUUUACUUCGAGAAGAUUCUGAAGGGAUCGGAAGUGUCGAUCUGGCUACGAAACAUACAGUUGUCCGUGUUAUCUAUUCCUAUAUCUCUUGUUGUAAUAGCCGUAAGUCUUUUUCUUUAAAGUUAGGGGGCGGGUUAAAACAGUUUUUGAGAGAAAUAAUUUUUCAAAAAAAAAUUUUUAAUUUUAGGUCAAAGACCGUGAAAAAGUGCUCUCCAGAGGCUUCUUAUCAGGCUUCGACUAUGUAGUAUGGUCAGUCGUGCUAUGUCAAGCACUAGGAGGCCUUAUUGUAGCCGUAGUAAUCAAAUACGCUGACAAUAUUUUAAAAGCAUUUGCCACAUCAAUAGCUAUCAUUGUGGCAUGUUUAGCAUCUAUCGUACUAUUCAGUACCUUCCCUACUAUAAUGUUUUUACUUGGAGCUGUACUAGUAAUUGGUGCUGUGGUACUGUAUAGUACGUUCCCAUAUCGAGCACCAUACCAUCAGCCAAAGGAGGACCUAAAAAUGGAAGAUUUGGCUGAACCUUUAGAGGAAAAGAAAGAGGAAGAUGGUGCGAAUGAUAAUAUUAAGGAUGUUUAG